AUGAACACCACCGCCGCAACUACACUGCGCAGGAGCCAGCCGUUCCCUGCCGCCAUCCCGUUCCCCGGGAUCGGCUGGCGCUCGUCGUGCUACUCCCAGUACCCGCCGCCGCCGCCGGGAAGAGCUAAACAUAAAAUUGAUGCAGCAGUUGGCCCUUUGAACAUGCAACUCAGUCAAGUUCCUAAGAUGCUUUUCAUCCUCAGGAACCAUUGGGCACCUUCAGCAUUUUGUGUAUCCUUCAAGCUCGAGACAGAUCCGGACAUCCUUCUGCAGAAAGCCUUGAGAAAGUACGGUAUGAAUGUCGUGGUGGCAAACGAGCUAGCGAACUACAAAGACGUGGUUGUCAUGGUCACAAGUAGCGGGAAGACAACUGUUAGCAGGCGCAGCAAGGCAGACGACCUUGAGGAACAGCUCAUAGGUCUCCUGGUAAAGAUGCACUCGGAUAACAUUACGCGGCCCAAUCCAGACCAAGAAACAUGAGACGUUUUACUGAGAUGAGAAAGGCAAGUAUAUGCAAUCACUCGUGGCAUCUGCAUCCAAGUAUGUUAGAAGCUACAUAGAGCCGGUCAAGCCUGAUUCUAUCUUUGUUUUCACAUGAUGUUGGCGGUUUGCUGGUGACCGAUGGUCAUGGCGCGAAAUAAGUAGGCAAUGCGACCUGCAAGAACAGGAUGGAUCAUUAACAUCCUGUCCUGUUGUAAAAGGUGCUACAAAGAUAUACUAUC